AUGUCUACCAACAGCGUUGAAUAUUACAAAAAGCUCCUCGAGCGGUCGGAGGAACAGCGGAGGCAGGCGGAGGAACGGCAGAGGCAGGCGGAGGAGCGGACCCGAAAGACAACUUUCCUCGAACUCAUACACUGUUGCCACGAGUUCCUAUCGGUUCCGUUGAGAGUUGCACCACCAAAUAAGUCGACCACAGGAAGCAUACCGAUCCCCAAAGAGAAAUACUGCCCGACAAAGCUACGGCUAUGGAAAGACAGUCCAGCUCGGCAUCGAGAAAUCUACAAUUCUGUUCGCCGCUACCUACAGCCAGCAAACGCCGACGCGCCUCGCUUAUUCCCGCCCAAAAUCGUACUCGAGGGAUUUUCCGCGCCAACUACAGGCCGGCCUCUCAGCAGUGAGCACGAUCUUGGAUUUUACGAGCGAUUCGCUGUGGAUCAGCUGGUGGGCGGCAUCAUCUCGGAGCUGUGCAACAUACCCGCUGCCAAGCACGAGUUCGGUCUCGGGAGUGGGAUCCAGUUCCACGACCACACCAAUUUCUUGCAGGAUCCUGAAUUUGAUGAAGCUGCAGAAAACCAGCCAUCCAAAAUCCGCCGACCGAAAGCUGACGCAGUCUGCAUCCACGCCUUCGACAACGACACCAUGGUUCAUCUUAGCUCGGGCGAAUACAAACCACCGCACAAACUCCCCACAAGCACUAUCCGCCUGGGACUCAGGCCGAUGCAACUAUGGGACGACAUGGUCGGGAGCGACACAAUACCUACAGGCAAGGCAGAAAAACUGAAAUACAAUGCAGAGCGACUCGUCUGCUCCGCCAUUGUCCAGCAAUAUCAUGUCAUGAUACAGGAGGGACUAGAGUUCGCAUAUGUGACGAACGGCUUCUGCGAUAUCCAACUUUGGGUUCCUCACGACGACCCUAGUACGUUGAAGUACUAUCUCUACGAUCCAAUCAAAGAAGUGGGCGAGGAUGACGGCAGUUUUCUGGCACCAAACACAGCCAUUGCUCGGAGGCUCUGUCUCUAUUUGUUGAGCUGUCGGCAUCCGGUCCGCAGUCAGGAAUGGCGGAAUGACGCACGACGUCAGCUACCCCUUUGGCAAACGAACUUCAGCCGCACACGUCAAGAGAUUCCGAAAGACGAGUUGAAGGAGACCCACCUUCACGCCGAGAACACGGAUCCGGUGAGUCCGGACACGAGUAGUCAAUAUCGCCCCGAGCCAGAAUCAUCCUCAUCGCCAUCCCCGCCACCUAAAGCACGUCGACGCAGGCCGGUACAGUCGCAGACCUGCGGUGCGACACUGGACGCCCGGCGGCGGCGUUCAGAGUCGCCGGGUUCUUCAGGAUCGGAUGUGAAUACAGACACGACGCGCAAACGCAGCAUUAGCCAGGUCGCAUCCUCUCCGUCCGCACGGCCAAAGUCCCGCACACGAAGUGCUCGAGGCGGCCGAGGCAGCCGACAGAAACAACAUGACGCCAAAUUUUGUACACUAAGGUGUUUGCUUGGGCUUCGGGAUGGGGGCGCUCUCGAUGAGAAAUGUCCAAAUGUGGAGCUGCACCGACGAGAUGGAGAGGACACCACUCACCCAACCAAUGCAGAGCACUUUGUGCGUUCCCUCAAGGAACAGCUAGAUGAGGAUCUCGACCGAAACUGCACUCCGUUCGGACAUUGCGGCGGAUACGGCGCGCCAUUCAAACUCACCUCGGACACAUAUGGAUACACCGUCGUCGGGAAAGGAACAAGCAGAGAGUUGUGGCCAGAAGUCUCCCGCGAGGCAGACGCCUACCACAUUUUGAGGCGAGCCCAGGCGUCUGCGGUACCCGUCUUUCUCGGCAAAAUCGACCUGGCAAACAUCUAUUUUCUUCACGGAGCAGGAGAAAUCCGCCACAUGUUGAUCAUGGGCUGGGGUGGUGAAAACCCAGAUGAAGAGAUCGAGGAGGGCACCGAGCUUUGCAGGGAGGUAUGGCGAUCGAUAAGAGAAAUCCGCCGCAUGGGCGUCGAACACGAAGACCUGCGGCGCGAAAACAUCCUUUGGAACGAGGAGCUGCAGCGGGCCUUGAUCAUCGACUUUCACCGCUCCAAGUUGGUUCCUCAACAUGCAGUGAAGCGCUCGCGGCCGGUGAAGAGACUGGCAAGCAGCUCAGCGGACGAGCAGGAGACGCGACAGGAGCGGCGGCAGCGGCGGCAGGAGCGGCGGCUAAAACGAGCCCGAAUUGUCUGA